UGCCUGAUGAUUUGCAUGUGGAAGUCGGGAAGUGUGUGUGUGUUUUAUGCAACAGCACACUUUUUUGAGCUUGAGCAUAGCGCCUGAUUUGCAUUUGGAAGCAGAGCACUAUGUGUGUGUGUGUGUGUGUGUGUGUUAUAGACAGAAACAGAGCGCAGUCUGAAAAGGAACGUAGCAGAAAGAUGUCUCGGGUUUUAAGUUCUCUUCUGUCCACCCGUGAGAACGGUGUCAUCUUUAACCUCCUCGGCUCCGACUGCAGCGCAUCAGCUUGUGCUGUGGUACAGUUGUACCUGGCUGCUACAGCUUGUAAUGGAGGAAAGUCGGAAUGGCAGAUGUACAGUUGUGGAGUGGUUUGUCUGGUGCAGGAUAAAAAAUUACAUUCAACGUUUAUACGGAUCUUUUGUGUGAAGAAGGCCAAGCUGCUCUGGGAACAGGAGCUGUACACGCCGUUCACUUACUCAACACCAUGCCCCUUUUUCCACACUUUCCCCAGUGACGAAUGUUGGGCGGGGCUGAACUUCUGUGAUGAGGACGAGGCGAGUCGUUUCCACAAAGCUGUACACAACUGCCUCAGCAAUACUAAAGCGCGUCCUGCGUUUGUUCGGACUCACAGUCUCGACUCGGCCUCCGGGUGGCUGCUGAGGAACAAACUGAACAACUGUCUGUCUCUCGGCCGGUCUGUGUCCUCCAAAGAUCCAGCGUCUGUCCAGUCAGAAGUGACCCAAACUCUGUCUCUGGCCCAGAGGAAAGGACCCCUGCCACCCAUCCCUGAUCCCAAACACUCAGCCAGGUCUGUCUCUCCUCACCGUGAUCACUCCACAGACACUCCAUCUAUUCCACUCCCUCCAUCAUACCCAGCUCCCAAACUCAACAUGAACCCAGCAGUGGUGAAGAAAAGUGCCAGCUUCUCACCAGGAGGAAAUUAUUAUAGUGUCGAGAAGCAGCAAAGAAGGUUGCAGCAGUUUACUGAUGACGUAUGAGCUGAAGUUCUGAUGAAGAAGAAACACUGCAUUUUCUGAAAAUUUACAAUCAAGCAUUAUUUUAAUAAAUGGACAGAUUUCUAUUUGUUUUAUAUAUCCAUGUUUUAUUAAUUUCCCAACUCCAUUAUGUGUUGAAUGAUUUCUUCUUUUGUUGAAAUAAAGCCGUCUCUGUGUCUGAAGCUGUACCUGUGAUUUCUCUGGGGCUGGAGGAGAACACGUCUGUAAUGAUUCUGUAAAGUUGACGUUCCUGACAUGAUUGAUGUCUGCUCCACAGAACCCCAGGUUACGUCUUCUGAAAUCCCCCUGUUUAAAUCAGCAGCUCACAGAGGUUCACUUGGGACAUAAAAAUAAAAGAAGAAAAGUUUCCUUUCAAGGAAAAGAGAAAGACUGAAGCUAUAUUUCACAUCUCCACUCCUGCAGUGAUCUCAUGUCCUCUUAGGGAUUUGUGGUUCUUGAAGCUCAAUGCUGAAACACCUGAUUCAUUUCAGGAGAGUUUUGCUCAUUAAUCAGGCAGAACAUCAAACAUCUCAGAGCGGUGGAAUUCAGAGUGUGUCUGCUGGAUCUGUUCAAUUCAUCCUUAUAAUUUCAUGCCCAGGUAACAGGUCCAUGGGUCCAUAUGGCUUGUGAUGCAAUGGCAUUUGAAGCCAUUAGUCUGCCCACAUGGGGCCCAUAAAUAUUUUUUCAUGACCUCUACAUGUGUGAGGCCAACUAUCCCCUGGCCCCAUGUGAGCCAUUUAUUCAUAACUUUUAUUAUGGAGGUGAAGAUGUGGUCAGCUUCUCGGUCCUCAUGGCUAAGAUUCACAGGAAAUCUGGGCCAUGGAUACUGUGUGGUGUUUUAAUUAAUCCAUUCAUUAAUUGGAUUUGUGUCCUAUCAUACUCUAGCUACCAAGUGGAGGCAAGAAUAUAGCUCUGCAGCUCAAAAUGGAUGGGGAUAGAUCCAAAUGGGCAGGGCAAGCUCAAAAUGGAUGGGGCUAGAUUCAAAAGGGCAGACGUAGCUCAGAAUGGAUGGGGAUAGAUCUGAAGAAGUGGAGCUAUCUCAGAAUGGAUGGGGAUAGAUCUAAAGAAGCGGAACUAGCUCAGAAUGGAUGGGGAUAGAUCUAAAGAAGCGGAACUAGCUCAGAAUGGAUGGGGAUAGAUCUAAAGAAGUGGAGCUAUCUCAGAAUGGAUGGGGAUAGAUCUAAAGAAGUGGAGCUAUCUCAGAAUGGAUGGGGAUAGAUCUAAAGGGGUGGAGCUAUCUCAGAAUGGAUGGGGAUAGAUCUAAAGAAGCGGAACUAGCUCAGAAUGGAUGGGGAUAGAUCUAAAGAAGCGGAGCUAGCUCAGAAUGGAUGGGGAUAGAUCUAAAGAAGCGGAGCUAGCUCAGAAUGGAUGGGGAUAGAUCUAAAGAAGCGGAACUAGCUCAGAAUGGAUGGGGAUAGAUCUAAAGGGGUGGAGCUAUCUCAGAAAGGAUGGGGAUAGAUCUAAAGAAGCGGAACUAGCUCAGAAUGGAUGGGGAUAGAUCUAAAGAAGCGGAGCUAGCUCAGAAUGGAUGGGGAUAGAUCUAAAGAAGCGGAGCUAGCUCAGAAUGGAUGGGGAUAGAUCUAAAGAAGCGGAACUAGCUCAGAAUGGAUGGGGAUAGAUCUAAAGGGGUGGAGCUAUCUCAGAAAGGAUGGGGAUAGAUCUAAAGAAGCGGAACUAGCUCAGAAUGGAUGGGGAUAGAUCUAAAGAAGCGGAACUAGCUCAGAAUGGAUGGGGAUAGAUCUAAAGAAGUGGAACUAGCUCAGAAUGGAUGGGGAUAGAUCUAAAGAAGUGGAGCUAGCUCAGAAUGGAUGGGGAUAGGUCUAAAGGGGUGGAGCUAUCUCAGAAUGGAUGGGGAUAGAUCUAAAGAAGCGGAACUAGCUCAGAAUGGAUGGGGAUAGAUCUAAAGAAGCGGAGCUAGCUCAGAAUGGAUGGAGAUAGAUCUGAAUGGGUGGAGCUAUCUCAGAAUGGAUGGGGAUAGAUCUAAAGAAGUGGAGCUAGCUCAGAAUGGAUGGGGAUAGGUCUAAAGGGGUGGAGCUAUCUCAGAAUGGAUGGGGAUAGAUCUAAAGAAGCGGAACUAGCUCAGAAUGGAUGGGGAUAGAUCUAAAGAAGCAGAACUAGCUCAGAAUGGAUGGGGAUAGGUCUAAAGGGGUGGAGCUAUCUCAGAAUGGAUGGGACUAGAUCCAGAUAGGCAGAUCUAGCACAGAAUGGAUGGGGAUAGAUCUAAAAUGGCAGAGGUAGCUCAGAAUGGAUGGGGAUAGAUCCCGAUGCAUGGGGAUAGAUCCAAAUGGGCCAGGCUAGCUCUAAAUGAAUGGAGCUAGAUCCGAAUGGGUGGGGCUAGUUCAAAAUGGGUGGAGAUAGCUCAAAAUAGGCAGGGAUAGCUCAAAAUGGGCAGACCUAGCUCCAGAUGGGUGGUUCUAGCUCAAAAUGGGGAGGGGGGUAGCAGUUCCAAAAGGGUGGGGCUAGCUACAAAUGGGCCAGAUUAGCUCUAAAUGGUUGGAGUUAGCUCUAAAUGGGUGAGGAUAGCUCAAAAUGGGCAGGGCUAGCAGAAAAAUGAAUUGGGCUAGUUCAAAACGGGUGGAGAUGGUUCCAAAUGGGUGGGGCUAGCUAAAAAUAGAUAGCUUUUGAACUUCUUCAGUUGUUGGUUUCAUUUCCCUGCUCGAUUAUGCUCAUCUUUUGUACUGUCUUGUUAUUUUUUAUCUUAUUAUUAGUUACACUAUAAGUUCUAGCACUGGUUGAUGUUUUAUUUAUUGAUUUUCCUGUCAUCGUCUGUAUGCUUGCUUUUUUUUUGCUUCAUGUUUCAUGGUUCGUUUGUUUAUUUUUAUACUAAAGUAAUAAAUAUCUCCAUUAAAUAGCCUCCAUCACCUGACAUUCAACUGGUAAUACAUGAUUAUUUUAAUUACCAUUUCUAUAGAAACAGCUUUGAUAUUGCAGACACACCGCAGAAUCUAAACCCAAUAAUAAACAGCUUUUUAAACUUGUUUUUAGCUCUGCCGUUUCCUUUUGUCCUGCUUUCUAGCUGUCCAGUGUCUAACAUUGUGUCUAAGGCUAUAAACUUCCCUUCAUGUCAGCAGCAUUAACCAUGUGA